GGACUUUGCUCAAAUUCCUUCGCAGCUCCAAAACGCUCCAGAAUUUUCAGCGAUUCUGCAGGUGUUGCCCGCUGCGCGACCAUGGCCCAGGACCGUAAGGUGUUCGUGGGUGGCGUGCCUCAAGAUCUUAACCAAGACGACUUGUACGCCAUCUUCAGUGAACACGCCGGAGUCAAGAAAGCAUGGCUUCAGAAGUGUCGCACCACAGAUGAGAGCGGCGGCAACGCAGCACAGCAGAAUCAUCGUGGCUUUGGAUUCGUGAUUUUUCAUGAUGCGCUGGCCAUCGACGAGUUGCUUGGGAGCGCGCCAUCGCGAUUCAUCGUCUUGCGCAAUGGCACCAAGCUCGAAGUCAAGCGGGCCCUCAGCAGCAACAAGAUGAGCUCGCCGCAGGUUGACGGUACAGAUCCUGUCAGCCGCACGCGCGCACAACCCCCACUGCACAUGUCUGGACCGCCCCGAGCGUUACCGCCUGGUGGGUUUAGGGUGACGUCCGGCGGACGUCCGGGUGUGCAGGCAGAUUGGGCGGCCAGUCGAUUCGCUCAAGGGGACUUGCUGAGGCAAUUGUCUUUGAUGGGCAAUGGCUAUUUGCCUCAGGCUGCCAGCGCUCCGGGCCUUGCACCUCCCUUGCCGCCAUAUGCCGCGGCCGUUGCGCCGCCCAUGAUGCGUGCACCUGGGGCUAGCCCGGGUCCGGCAGCCGCCGGACUGGCGGCGGAGGGGCGAAAUGUACCUUUGCGGAAUGCCAUCAUGCAGUUUUACCAUGAGCACCGCCCCGAGAAGCUUACGGAGCGAGACUUCAUUGACUUCAUUUGCAGUGUCUAUGAAGGACGUGAAGCAGAAUUGGACGAGGCCUUGCGCAACAAAUAUGGAACCGGCCUGCAACUGCCGAGCUCGAUGACUUCCGUGCCUCAAUCGACCACUUCCGACCUGGGACUCAAUCCAGGGAGCUUCGAACCUUCCUAUGCCUGGCCGUCCACUCCGCCCAUGGCCGGCAUUGAUACCACGAGGCUCCAGCAACUCCACCAAAUUCAGUUUGAGCUGAUGAACGGGAAGGGCUUGACCCAAGCUCCCGCUGCUGCGCCAUGGUCAGAACGAUCACUGCCGGACUACACCGCAAGCACCUCUUGUGGUACAGGUAGUCUCAGCAACUACUCUUGCAGCUUGGAAGGCGCUGCGCGCAGUGCGUUGGACCUGGACCCUGCAAAGGUGGACCCUGAGGGGCCAGACUUUAGCUGGAUUGAUCAGAUUGUCGGUGAAGAUGGCCUGGAGGUGUCCGAUGAGGUGGCUAAGGCCAUUGUGGGAAAGUCAGCCGCCAAGCACCGUAGCGAGCUAUUGCAGGCUGUGGUGUGGUAGAACGCCGAACGUUCAGAUCUUGUGAUCUUAGCGGGCAGCCGAGUCGGCUGAGUGCUUGCACCCGAGUCGAGAUAGGAUCAUGGUACCAUCUCCGUUGAGAACACUGUGGGUGCACCGGG